CCGAUUUAUCUUUUCUUAAAGCUUCCCAAAGGGCUCAGAAGCAGAAGACUUCAUUAACAACGUCACAAGCGACAACAUGGAACAAAUCGACGGUAAGAGUCGGCUGCAAGCUGCGCUGCAAUCCGAGUCUGUAGGCUCGGAUAGCCCGAAAUUGCGUUUUGAGAGCGAUGGGACCUUUCAAAUCACAGUUUUCUCGGAUCUUCAUCUCGGCGAAGCCCCGAAUGGCGUCGGCCCGCUGAAAGACGCGCGAACGGCAGAUGUUAUACGCAAGGUUCUCCAAGCCGAUCAUACCCAACUAGUUGUACUGAACGGAGACCUUAUCACCGGCGAUGGCACCAGCCGUGAAAACUCAACGGACUACCUGGACCAUGUUGUUGCCCCUAUUGUGGAGGCGGAUAUACCGUGGGCGUCGACUUACGGCAAUCACGAUAACCAGCCCAAUCUUCUGACAGAUAAUAUUUACACCCGGGAAAAGACGUAUAGAAACAGUCUAACACAGAGAAUGGUGCAAAGCGACUCGGUUGAGACCGGUGUCACUAAUUACUACCUACCUGUGUAUGCCGCGGAUGGAUCAGAUACACCCGAGCUUGUUCUGUGGUUCUUCGAUAGUAGAGGCGGAUAUGUGUAUGGACAGUGGCCAGUUAAAAAGCGACCCGAUUGGGUCCACGAGACGGUUGUCAAGUGGUUCGAAGAAACCAAUCUUCAUCUACGAGAGCAAUAUGGCAAGGCAAUUCCAUCGCUGGCAUUCUUCCACAUUCCUGUGAACUCGACGCGGACAUUUCAAAGCACUCACGGAGUUGAUUCCAGCAAACAACCUGGGAUUAACGGAGAGCCUGUGAUUUCGCAAGGAUACCAGUAUGAUGAGUAUUCUCAAGAAUGGGAUCUGCCAUUCAUGCGAGCAUUGUUGAACACAGAAGGUCUUCUCGCAACGUUCAGUGGACAUGACCAUGACAAUGACUGGUGCUUCAAAUGGACCGACACCGUUUCGGACACCACUCUUCCCGGGAACGGUCUCAAUCUGUGCUAUGGUCGCCAUACAGGAUAUGGCAGUUAUGGCAACCUGGCGCGAGGAGGACGACAUAUCUUUCUGAAGCAGGAUACCCUCAAAGACGAGGUUAUAACAUGGAUUCGAUUGGAGAGUGGACUGGUGACGGAGAAUGUGACGUUGAACGCAACGUAUGGGCAGGAUGACUAUCAUCCUCACUAUUUCCUGCAGAAAAGAGGCGUGAUUGUUGAGAAUGCUGGUAAUGGUCUUUCUUCGGAUCCGAGUUCGCUCUUGUUGUUUUUCAUUAUGGCUGUUUAUUUUUCUUUUGCCGUGUUUAGGUCGUAGCGGGAAGCUCGAUGGCCUUGACCUUAAAAUGCAUGCAUGAGGUGGGAACGCAGUUGACUCUUUCGAACCAUAAUCUCAAGAUACAGUCAGCUACCAAUAGAACUAUGGCCUAAAAGC